CUGAUUCGUGUGUUAAAUAUUCUCCAAUCAUAUAAUUCCUAUUAUAUUCCAUAGUUUCAAAUAGGGUUUAUAUGUUGUUUGUUGUACUUGCUGCAUAUGAUUAUUUCUUCAUUUAGUGUUUAUCUUUGUUCACUUCGAUGGAAAAUGAUUGUUGUACUGACUGAUAUGCUGCUGCACAUUAGCUAAGUAGGACAAUUGGAUUGUCUAAUUGACUGUGGGUUGUGCUGCCACACAAGUGAAAUAGCUAAUAGUAAAUGAUAAUUAGCUAAGAUAUCCUCCCUUUCACAAUCUUUUCAGUUUGUUGUUUUCUGUUUCUACAUACCUACACACUUACGUAUUCAUGUUAUUUGAAAAAAUGUUGGAUUAUCCUAUCGAAGUAGCUUUCCUUGUUUUAUCUUUAUUUAUUUUAAUGUCCUCUAUCCUGUUUGUGUGUGUGUGGGGCGCGUAUUUAUGAGGUGUUCAAGUUCUCUAUAAAGUUUCAUCAUUAUCAUGUUCACUGACUCACCUUUAAUUGUCAUACUCCAGUGUUUUACUUGUAUGUGACUUCGUCUCAAUUUUUCUUCUUCAAAAAAUGCAUGGAGAACAACAAUUUUUCUCUUCAGAUUCUUGUGAAAGUCAGCUAUUCACUUCACCAUAUUUCUCUUGUUUUUGUUAUAAUGGAAUAAAUAAUUCAUCAACAACUUCUUUACCUAAUCAACAAAUAUCAUUUUCGUAUCAUUCAACCAAUGCAUCACCUAAUCACUGUAUAUCACCAGCAGUUACUAAUACUUCUACUACUACUGCAUAUACGAAGCAUGGUAUGGAUUUAUUGGAUUUAAUUGAUGUCCCCCCAGGAGUCUCCUAUACUGAUUGUUCAUUUUCUAUUGAUUAUCCAUCAGAGAAGUUAUUUUCAUUUUCUGAUAAUGAUGACGAUGAUAAUAAUAAUAAUAAUAUGAAUGAUGUUGGUGAAGAUAAGGAUAACUGUCUUCGAGAUAAUUCUGUUCAGAUAUGGUAUUCACCUACAAUGUCUGCUUUUCUUUAUGAUUCAAUGCUCGGUAUUAAAGACUCGAACAAUUCCACUGUAAAUGAAACAAAUAUAUGUCCUCGAUUAUCCACGCAUACAACACCUCCUCCAAGUCUUCUUACCGGAAGUAACUACAAUUGUCCAACAAUACCAUCAUUAUCAAGAAGUCGAUCUGACAUGGAAUCAAUGAUUAGAACAGCAGACCACUUACGUGAUGAUCAUGAUCCAUGCGUUGUUUAUACUAAUUUAAAUGCUCCUGUUGGUAAUACUGGAUCAUGUAUGUCAUCUUUGUGUGGAAAUGAUGAUAUUGAUACACGUCGUGGAAUUGAAGCUUCAAUUAUUGGUGGUAGUGGUGGCGCUGGCGAUGAUACAACCAAUCGUGAAUUGAAAUCUUUACGUUAUCCACCCUCGAAUGAUUCCCUUGGUGUCUCAUCGACAAUUUUCGAUCCUUACUAUGGAAUGGAUACAACAGCCUGUAACGGUGCUGGUGGUGGUGGUGCCGGCAGCGGUAGUGGCUGCGUCAAUACAGUUCAAGGUGGUGGUGGUGUUUGGUCGAGUGCAACGAAUGUGAUUAAUCCAGGUUGUGUGACUGGAACAGCGCAUACAUCAAGCUUUCCUUCACAUGAUAAUUCUGCUUGUCAUUUAACAUCAGAAUUGACUUCUGUUUCAGUUUAUCCCAAUCCUAAUUCAUCUAUUCAUCCGGAUAGUAGUAAUCAUUUAACACAUGGAAUGAAUUAUUCUGGUGCGGGUAGUUUGUAUGCACCGUCUGCGUUACGAUCAGGUUCGCUGAUUGGAUUGCCGGAACAACAACAUCCAUGCAAUAUGCCUCAGAUUGCUCAUCCAUCAGAAUCAAAUCCAUCAUAUACUAUGGGAGAAUUUACAAUUCACCAAUCGUCUGAUGUCAACCCACCAUCUGGUCUUAUUCCUUCAGGCGUGUAUGAACAACGUUCACUUGCGAAUUUGAAUACACAUAAUGCUACUGCUAAUAAUAAUAAUAAUGGUAACAAUAACGCCAAUAGCAGUUAUCCAACUGACAUGAUGGGUUGCAAUCGUGAAACAAUGAUGGCGUUGACAGGAUCUACGGCAGAAGAACUGAGUUUCACUGCUCAUUCGUCCGGUAUGGGUUUAACGCAUUCCUCUACAUCAUCCAUGUCUGCUAGUACCUCUGCACCUCAUGGUGGUGGCGGUGGUCGGGGAGGUAGAGGUGGUCGUGUAGCUGGGCAAAAGCGUCGUGGAUCCACAGUCAAAUCUACUAAUAAUCCUCUUAAUUCGGAAGCAAAUGUUAACCCCAUGGAAGCAAACACAAGCGAUAUGGUUUUAACAUCAUCUAAUGUCUGUCAGUUAUCCACUACUACUGGUGUUAGUUCAGAGUGUUCGUCACUAUUUGGUGAUUUUGAUAAUGGCAGAAAUUAUGGCUGUGGUCGGACACCUAGUCUGUGUGGUACAGAUUCAGAGGAGACAAUUGAUCCAGAUGAAACACCUGAACAAAGGGCCGAACGAGAACGUAGUCGUAGACAAGCGAAUAAUGCACGAGAACGUAUUCGAGUUCGUGAUAUCAAUGAUGCAUUUAAAGAGCUUGGACGCAUGUGCAUGAUGCAUUUGAAUAAUGAACGACCACAAACAAAACUUACAAUUUUACAACAAGCUGUAUCAUUAAUCACAAGUUUAGAACAACAAGUUCGAGAACGCAAUUUAAAUCCAAAACAAGCUUGUUUAAAGCGUCGUGAAGAGGAGAAAAGUGAAGCACAUUUCAGUAGCAGUAGUAGUGGUAGUAAUACGCAUAUCAAUGCAGUUGGAAGCGCCAUAAAUCGUUUGUGUAAUAAUAAUAAUACAGUCAAUUAUACUGUGUCAGUCACAUCUUCAACUACUAUUGGUUCUCAGAAUACACCGAGUCAUAUGCCAGAUUAUGAUCCACGCUUGUCGCAUAUCGCUCAUGGAAGUGGUGUUUAUAGUGAAAAUACAUCGAUAGUGAAUAGUCUUAAUGACUUGAACACAGCGUCUGCUUAUGUGCCAUCUAACCCGACUUCUAUUGGCUCCGCCUAUCUACAUCCAGAUGUUCAACAACAGUGUUCAUCAUCAGACCAAUUUAGUCAUAUACCCUCGCAACCACAUCAUAUGUCAACAGUAAAUAAUUUUAAUAAAAAUAAAAAAUCUUCAGAUAAUUGGCAUUCUGGAAGUGGCGGCGGCGGCGGCAGUACACAGAUGCAGUUAUCCUCAAGAUCUCCAUGUUCCUUAAUACAACAAACAAUCCCGCCGACAAAUUCACAUCGAUUUGGAACUGUUGGCAUAGGUCAUGCUCCAAAUGCAGAAUACAAUGAUGAUGAGGAUGAUGACGAGGAGGAGGAAGAGGAAGAGGAGGAUGUUGAAAGUAGUGAAGAUGAUGAGACGACCAGAUCGCGUACAGUCCCAUCAAUUUCAAAACUUGACGGGAACAAUGAAACUAUGCGUUCUAUCCAGCAUUCAUCCUCAUCAUCAUCUCUACUUCCUAAUAGUAUUAAUACUAAUAGUAACAGCAAUAAUAAUAAUAAUGGAGGUGCUGGUUAAGUUAUAUAUAUAACUCAAUAAAUCUUUCAUUUUAUCAGAUGUUUCAAAAUUCAGUUUAUCUCCUCAUUGUUAUUGUUUAUUAUGUUAUGACGAUGACUAUGGUUAUCAUCACAGUUUACUUUUAUGCAUUUAUAUAAUGUUUCAAAAGGCAUUUUCAUUCUUUUUUUUCUCUUUCUUUCAAUGCAUUUGUUAUACAGUUUAUUUUGUUUUGUGUGUUUUGUUAUUUCUCUUUGUUGAUAUUAUUCUUGUUAUAUUACUAUGAUUAUUAUGAUCCCCCUCCCCCCAAUGAAUAAUUAUGAAAAAUUGGAUCAUUAUGAAUUAUACUGUAAUAAACGCCGAGAUAUAUUAUUAUUAUUAUUCUAUGUGUAAUGCUUAUUUUUCUCUGCUUAGGAAUGAAUUUUGUAAACCAUGCAUUAUAAUAAACUAUCCGUAUGCGCGCGUCCUUGUUUAAAUUGUCAAUAGGAGAGAGGAGGGUACUCUGUGUGUGUAUGUGUUAUGACAUAGCAUUUAUUAAUGAUCUAUCCGCCUAUCUAUCCAUUCUCUAACCCCCUCCUGUCAUCAUAAUGUUAUUAUUAUUGGUUUUGUUUCGUCCUGUAUUCUAUUUUCUUAAAUGUUUGUUUGUUUUUUCGUUUUUCUUUUGCAUUUAUUGUGGUUUUUCCCUCUUAUUUUCCCCCGGUUUAUAUUUGAUUCUUUGAUCUUAUCGAUGAUAAUGGUGAUGAUAAAUAAUAUUCAGGUGCAUUUCGGGAUACAUAUACUGUACACAGUUUUUGCCAGUUAGUUUAGUAAUGAAGAGAGAAAAAAACUCAGUUUAUCCGUGUACCUAUUAUGUUUUGUGUGUGUAUGUAUGUAUCUUAUAUCAGUUUAUCAUAAUAGUUAUAAUUGUGUUUCUGUUUUGUUUUGUUUCUUUUUGAUGGAAUUACACAUUAUUAUUAUUAUUAUUACUAUUGUUUUUAAAGUUUAAUCGUUCUAGAGUAUGCUUCUUUGGAAAUUUCAAAUAAUCGAAUUAUUGUCUUGAUAGAAAGUGGUGUUUUGAUUUGUUCAACUGUUGGUUUGUGAUUGAAACAUGGGAGUAUAAUUCCAUGUUUCAAUCACAUUAUUUCUGGGGAAGGAGGGGGAGAGAAGUGCGGAAAUGUCUGGCUUGCUGAUGGGGAUUUAAGUACUCGACUUUCAGUCUAUGGAUCUUAGGUUUUAAUUCAGCUCCACCUAUUGUUCAGUCUGGGAAAUUGUGUAAUAUUAGGAGUCCUCAGGCAACAAAUGUGGCUUAUUAUAUACAGGCUAGAACACGAAAGACUUGUCCUGGGAACUAAAGGAUCACACUACACUACAUACACCAUUUUGUUUGACUGCCAUUAGUGUACAAGUAAAAAUGAAGUGUUUCUGAUGCACUAGGUCGUCUGCUGUUGGCACAAAAUCGUGAAAAUGCAAUUUUGUAUAUUUAACUUCGAAGUAUGAAGCCUAGAUAUGUCUACGAAGCAAUAUUUACUGUCACAGACACUAGCAAGAACUUUGAAGCCAUCCAUGUAAAAUGCUUCCAUAAACAAUUCAGUUAAGUUUAUAUACAUUCAAAUAACAUAUUAAUUAAGCCACUACACGAAAAUACCAGUGGGCUAUACCGUUACAGUUAUCAUAGUUACUGGCAUAUUCUUUAAACGCACUUGUUUUUUCUAACGAUAAUUUUUACCCAAGUGUUGUACAUCGUUGCUCUGGUCUCUUCGAACUUCUUGAUUUACAAAAUGUUGUCUGACGGGUAACCUUUUGUUGUACAGUUAAAUAAAAUUAUAAAUCAGUCGAAAGUUUGUAUUGUUGUUUUUAGAAACACAAUGAAGUUAUUAUUCACUUCUCAA